AUGGCAAAUCUGCUUGAACGCCUUCAUCACCAAUUCUGGCCACCAAAUUUCCUCUCCCUUCAUUCGUUGAGCAUACCUCCUGUCACCGCUACUACUCCACACCAGCAGAUUCCGAUGUUUGUCAGUUGUCAGUUGCACGCCUCGGGCAACAAGGACACAAAUGGGGCUCUUGAGGCCCGUCGAACUGGGUUCCCUGGUCAAGGCUCUGUUUCAAGCUAUUUCGGCCUCUACUUCAGUGGGUCAAAGUUUCUGUACGAAGAGGAGCUGGAGACAUGA